AGCCGACCGACCCAGAGUGCUGCCUUCUCACAAGCUGUGUAACUGGUAGAGAAGCCCGACGAUCGUGACGAUGAACCCAAGCGCAGCUCCCAAUGGGUCAGGUUCCUGCUCAAUGGAUGACUCCUACAAGUACCCCAUCUACUCGGCGGUCUACGGCAUCAUCUGUAUCAUCGGGAUGAUGGGCAACGCCAUCGCGCUCUACGUCUUCCUGUGUCUUACGCGGACCAAGAGUGCCAGCACCAUCUACCUCAUCAACCUGGCCCUCGCCGACAUGUUCUUCGUGCUGACGCUGCCACUUCGCGUCGUCUACUACGUGCGCGACGGCGACUGGCCGUUCGGGGACGCGAUGUGCCGCAUCAGCUCGUUCACCUUCUACGCCAACCUGUACAGCAGCAUCUUCUUCCUCACCGGCCUCAGCGUGACGCGCUACCUGGCCGUGGUUCACCCCGUGCGCUCGCUCAAGGCCGUCACGGCGAGGCAUGCGGUCAUCGCCUGCGUGUCCAUUUGGGUCUUUGUUACCCUGAUCACCUCCCCAUUCCUUCUCAGCGGCCAGCACGUCUUAUCGAGCGGGAGGACCCUGUGCUUCGAGAGCUCGGGCAGCAGCCUGAAAAUGAUUUUUGCCAUGAACUACCUCGCCCUGGUGGUCGGAGUCCUCAUCCCGUUCGUGAUCAUCGUCGUCUGUUACGCGGCCAUCGCCCGGACGCUGAUGAAGACCCCGGAAGGCCAGCGCAGGGACUCCAACAUGCGGAAGCGCGCGGUGCGCAUGAUCGUGCUGGUGCUCACGGUGUUCGUGGUCUGCUUCAUCCCGUACCACGUGCAGCGCACGCUGCUGCUCCACAAGAUCAUCAACCACCACAGCAGCUGCGACACGAAGCUCUACCUGCAGAAGUCGGUGGUGGCCACCGUCUGCUUCGCCGCCUUCAACAGCUGUCUCGACCCGCUCAUCUACUUCUUCGUCGGCGAGAAGUUCCGCGAACGGUUCAUGAGCGCCGUGCGGAGGCGCUCACGAAUCUCCUCCGCCACCAGCUCCAUCCGCACCAAAGAAUCCCUCGCCAGAAGCACGACCAGGGAUGCCGCCAAGCUUCACAUGCAGCCACUCGAGGGCGAUCCUCUACAGAAGGAGGAGCCACAAGAGGAGACCGACGAGUGAAAGGCGUCUAAGUGAGACUCCGCACCAGACGAGUGUUUAGCGAUGGAUGCCCAACGCUGGCUGGGGAAACAAUGGAUGAUAAUUGUCUUUUACCAUAUCGAUACCACGCGUGUGAUGAUUUUUGUACCGUGCAGCUAUGCUUACCAUAUUUUCUCGCAUAUAGCCCGCAUAUGCAUAGAACCCACAGACGCAUAUACCCCGCAAAAAUAGCGUUUUGCGUAAAACAAAUUUCAGAUAGCCCUUGCACCUCCAUAUACCCCGCAUGCAUUCAUAUCUUUAACGUCGUUACCGCAGCUAAAUUCCAUCAUAUUAAUACGAAGUUCACAUUUGUAAUACAUUCCACUAUAAAUUGUUAACAUUAAAAUAAUAACGUGCACAAAGAAAACAAACUAACCAUAAACGAGUGAACUUAAAACAGUAAAUAACUAACAAAAGUAAAUAUCCAAUAAAUAAGUAACACAUAACUGGUAGAUAAGUAAGUACAUUUUUAGCACUUAUAAUUUGAGCACUGCGCAGACAAUAGCGGCACUACAGUAACGCCGUUGCCUCGCCCCCCCCCACCUCUCUCUCCCCCCAGCUCUCACGUCACCACCACAGAUC